AUGAAUUCACUAACGCCGCUCUCCUCCCCGGCCCCGUCCUCCGUCUCCUCCUCGACCUCACACUCGCAGCAUGGAGACCAGAUAACACGCGCCAUGGAGGACACUCACCUGGCUGCUGCUGCUUCUCCUGUUCGUCCACCGUCUGCUACCACGGCUCCUGGUCCUCCCAACACCGCUUCUUCCACCGCCACAACCGCCUCGGCCCUCUCUUCGAUCUCUCCCCAGAAACCCCCCAAGGCAAAGAUGACCAACAGGAUCUCCCGCAUGUUCUCGCAGACUCGCUCGUCGACGACGUCGGCCGCUGCUUCUCCCAGCAGACCGGCCCAGGACCCGCCCAGGUCUAAUGGAGAAGCAGUUCCUGCCACCCCGAUGCUGCCUCCACCAUCGCCAGCCACCGUCCCAGCAGACAAGAAGGUGGACCAGAAGGUGCCGGACAAGAAACCAGAGUCUAAACCGGCAGACAAGAAGGUCGAGAAGGGCAAGGAACCAGUCCAGCCCCAGAAACGCUUCGAGAUCCUCCCGGACGGCACCCACAUACACACUCUCAAGUCCACCAAACGCCAGGAGAAGCUCUCAGACAUGCUACGGGACAUGAUCGGUGCCGGCAAGAAGAAGGAGGACCCUCACGCCCAGCCCCAGGCCGACGACCAGCAGCAGCUCUCCCUCAUGUCUACCUGGGUCGACCAGCUCAAGACAGAAAAGGAGAAGAUGGCGACCGACAAGAAGGGCGGUCCUAACAACACCGCCUCCCUCGUCGACAAAUACGGCAAGUGCCAUGAAAUCGUCGGCCGUGGUGCCUUCGGUAUCGUCCGUAUCUCCCACAAGAUCGACCCCAAGGACUCCAAGACAGAACACGUCUAUGCCGUCAAGGAAUUCCGCCGUCGUCCCCAGGAAACGGUCAAGAAAUACCAAAAACGCCUCACGUCUGAAUUCUGCAUCUCCUCCUCCCUCCGCCAUCCAAACAUCAUCCACACCCUCGAUCUCAUGCAGGACGCUAAAGGCGACUACUGCGAGGUCAUGGAGUACUGCGCCGGUGGAGACCUCUACACGCUUAUCCUCGCCGCUGGGAAACUCGACGUGGGCGAGGCAGACUGCUACUUCAAACAGCUCAUGCGUGGAGUCGAAUACAUGCACGAGAUGGGCGUGGCCCAUCGAGAUCUCAAGCCGGAAAACCUCCUACUCACUACGCACGGUGCACUCAAGAUCACGGACUUUGGCAACGGUGAAUGUUUCCGCAUGGCGUGGGAAAAAGAGGCUCACAUGACCGCCGGUUUAUGUGGGUCUGCGCCAUACAUUGCGCCAGAGGAAUAUGUGGACAAGGAAUUCGAUCCCAGAGCUGUCGAUCUUUGGGCUACGGGUGUGAUUUACAUGGCCAUGAGGACAGGUAGACAUCUAUGGCGUCAGGCGCAGAAGGAGGAGGAUGAAUUCUACGAUCGAUAUCUGGAAGGGAGGAGAGAUGAAGAUGGCUAUGCGCCUAUCGAAACCCUGCAUCGCGCACGCUGCAGGAAUGUCAUCUAUUCCAUCCUCGACCCCAACCCAGGUCGUCGAAUUACAGCUUCACAGGUUCUCAAAUCCGAAUGGGUGAGGGAUAUCAAGCUGUGCAAAGCUGGUGAAGAGGGAUUCUAA